UAGUACAAAAGUUUUAUUUACUGAUCUGUGGUGGAAGUGAAAAUGAAGCCCAAAAAAGCCCAAAACAAAUUAUUUUUGUAAACCAUUAAGAAUCGUAUUUGAAAAUUAAAAGCUAAACAACAUUUAUUCUGAGAUAUUAUUACUAUGUUUUAACUGCUAAUCACUUAUUUUGAUAGCGACGUAAUUUUGUUAUCGUAAUAUACGGUGCUACAAAAAUGAGUUUGGUUGGAAAAAAAUGUGAAUCAAUAUCUCUUCUCGAACCAAAUAGAGAUGAAAUUAGACGCAGUGAGGUUACACCAGAUGAUGUUUUAAGGUUGGAUAAUAUCACGGAUACGUAUUUAUGCAGUCCUGAAGCCAAUGUAUACGAUAUAGACUUUACAAGAUUUAAAAUACGAGAUCUUGAAAGUGGCACUGUUCUAUUUGAGAUUGCAAAACCUCCUACAGAUUUUGGUGUUGAUACCGAGGGCUCUGAGGAAGUGCCAGAAGAACCACUUGACCCGAAUGCUGGUAGAUUUGUGCGAUAUCAGUUUACGCCACAGUUUUUGAAAUUAAAAACAGUAGGCGCUACAGUUGAGUUUACUGUGGGAGCUCGUCCUGUGAACCAUUUCAGAAUGAUAGAGAAACAUUUCUUCAGAGAUACAUUACUCAAGACUUUUGAUUUUGAGUUUGGAUUCUGCAUUCCAUUUUCAAGAAACACUUGCGAGCAUAUUUAUGAAUUCCCUUCUCUGCCGCCAGAUUUAGUUGAAGAAAUGAUAGCUGCACCAUUUGAGACAUGUUCCGAUAGCUUCUACUUUGUCGACAACAGUCUUGUCAUGCACAAUAAAGCAGAUUACGCCUACAAUGGAGGUAUAAACAAUUAAAGGCCUUAUUUGAACAAGUUUCCUUCACAUUUAAUUGUUAUUAAAAUUGGCACUAAAAAUCACUUAUUUUAUCAAUUAAAUUUUAUUGAUUAUA